AUGGCUGGAAUGAAAGAGAGAGAGGGCAACGGCUGUUGUAGUAGAGUUACGAGGAUCAGCGGCGGGAGUUUUCCAAACGAUUUCGGUCGAAACCAUUCCAACUAUGGAGUCCUGGUAAAUGCGUUAAAUUUACGGUAUGGUGAAGAACACAUGAUGCAAAUAUAUCGGUCCCAGUUACGAAACCAGACGCAGCGACCUGAAGAAGAAGAAACUGCAUUGGAAACGUUUGUAAAGACUGUUCGAGAUUCAGAUCUUAGACAAAGAUCUGAUACUAGAGGACAAACGCAACCUCAAAAACGCCGUUGCCAACAGUCUUACAUUCGAGUCAGCAAAGCAAGCGUCAAAGACUGA